GAGCAAGCACAUCCUCGUCGCCUCUGGCUAUGCGAUUCAUUAUAUUGCGCUCAACAGAAAUUAACGUAGCCUAAUGCUAAGGGGAAAUGUGCCAGUAGCCUACAAAAUCCCCUUAGUCUUGUGUGAUUAAACGAAAACGAAAAACCUUUCCUUUUCAUCCAUCAAACAGCAGGGCAAGCACUGUGUAGGUCUGAACCUGUGCUGGGUACAAUGACGUUUCUCUAACCCGGAAAUAGCAAACAGCUGAACGAAGUAAUCGCUCUCCCUGAGCUUAGCGUGGUACAUGGAAACCUAUUUUACAUCGUUUCUACAGUAAAGCACUGCACCCACGCUGCCUGGGCAGCCCAGACCCCCAGACGGCAGGAAACGGAAACCCGAGGCCGGCGCGUUUGGCUGCUCUCUAUCUGCCUCAGCAUUCAGUCUCUGGGUGCGUUACGCUAGCAUAGGCACUCUGCAGGGCUGUCGCUUAUUUACGGCAUUUUCUUGAGGUGGCAGUGGCAGUGCAUCAGUAAAAAGAUUCUGAGCGUCGCGGGAUAGACUGACCUCGGCCGAGCGCCAGGCAGGGCCUUGCUCCUCACACCUCAAGAGUCUGCCUGCUGGUACCUUGACAUGGGGAACCUCCUGAAAGUUUUGACGUGCACAGACCUUGAGCAGGAGCCAAAUUUUUUCCUCGAUUUCGAAAAUGCGCAGCCCACAGAAGCAGAGCGUGAGGUGUGGGAGCAGGUGGACGUGGUGCUGAAGGAUGCAUGCAACAUCCUCGACGAGCUGCAGGCCUAUAAAGGUGCUGGUCAGGAAAUCCGAGAGGCCAUCAAGAACCCAAGCGACGAUGCGCUGCAGGAGAAGGCUUGGGAUGCCGUGGUGCCACUGGUGGGCAUGAAGAAGUGAGUCUUCUAUGAGUUCAGCGUGCGCGUAGAGGCGGCGCUUCACAGCCUACUGCGGGCCCUGACCAGCGAGACGUACGAUGACCCCACGCAGCACCUGGAGCGCGAGCAGGCCCUGGCCAAGCAGUUUGCUGAGAUCCUGCAUUUCACGCUGCGCUUCGACGAGCUCAAGAUGACCAAUCCUGCCAUCCAGAAUGACUUCAGCUACUACAGGAGAACCCUCAACCGUAUGAGGAUCAACAAUGUCCCCGCCGAAGGCGAAAAUGAAGUCAACAACGAGCUGGCCAAUCGCAUCUCUCUGUUCUACGCCGACGCCACGCCCAUGUUGAAGACAUUAAGCGACGGCACCACUAAGUUUGUCUCCGAGAACAAGAACCUGCCAAUCGAGAACACCACUGAUGUCCUCAGCACGAUGGCCAGCGUGUGCAAAGUCAUGCUGGAGACGCCAGAGUACCGCAGCCGCUUUACCAGCGAGGACACGGUGUCCUUCUGCCUACGGGUGAUGGUGGGCGUCAUCAUCCUGUACGACUACGUCCAUCCCGUGGGGGCCUUCGCCAAGUCCUCCAAGAUCGACAUGAAAGGAUGCAUUAAGGUUCUUCGUGACCAACCUCCAAACAGUGUAGAAGGCCUUCUUAAUGCUCUCAGGUACACCACAAAGCAUCUGAGUGACGAGUCGACCAACAAGGCCAUUAAAGCCAUGCUGCAGUGAAAGCUCCUCUGGGAUCCACCUCUCCUCUGCCCCCUCCCUCCUCUCCUCUGCCCCCUCCCUCCCUCCUCUCCCCCUCCCUCCUCUCCU